AUGGCUGCUGCCCUCAAUGUAAGUAAAAAGAAUACUUCUGAAACCAACUGCAACAUUCAGAAACACAAAACCUUCAUCGUUAGCAAAGGAUGCCUGUCUAAUUCUUCUGUGGAGCUGACAUCAUGCGGAGGGUCAUGCGGAACAUAUUCCAUGUUUUCACCGGAGACCCACUACAUGAUGCACUCCUGCACCUGCUGCAGGGAGACGAAGACCAGCGAGAAGAAGAUCACUCUGUCGUGCCCUGACAACACCACCGUCGACUACUCCUACAUCUACGUGGAGGAGUGUGGCUGCCAGAACACGGAGUGCGUGGACAACAAGACCUCCAGCGCACCACCUAGCGGGCAAGAGGCCAAGGAAGCAGCAAAGGGCCUGAGAGCUCGCCGCAGGAGGAAGUAAUCGUGCCUCGAGCAUCCCGGCACUCCUGCAGGACCAUUUUGAUUUUUCUCUCUUUGCGCGUCAUUUCAAAUCAUUUAAGUGAUAGCUUGCAAAUUUCAGCUGAUGCGCACAUUGCUUUCCUAAAGAUGACUCAUCUUUUUCUUUUUUUCCUUCCUACAGCAGCUCAGUAACAACACCUGCCAUCUCUCUGGUGUGAUAGUAAAGCUACUUCUAUUUAGUAGGACUAGGCAUGCCAAUCAAACAUCAAAGCAACUCUGACAAUGCAUUCAUACACAUUCAGUAAGGCUGCUGCCCCACAGCUCACCGGCACCACACCACAUUUAUAUCAAAGUAUACAAAAUCCUAUUUAAAAAAUAAAUAAAUAAUUAAAUGUUAACAUACAAAAAAUAUUUGUGACUCCGGGUACUUAAUUAAAGAUGAAGAACAAAUACAUGAACUAAUUGAUAAUUGCGAUGUGAAAAAUGAAUAUAUGGACCCUAAAACGUAAUUUGUGUUUUUUUUUGUUUUGUAUUUGUUGAUGUGUGUAAAGCCUUUUACUGAAUGUGUCUUGUUCAAUUGUCUUCUUGUUAAAUGUGUACCCUAUUAAACUUCAGCACUUUGCACA